AUGGCACCGUUCCGGUCAAAGAAACUCGAUCUGAGUUGCUAUGUUAACAUCAGAAACAUUCGCGAUCACACCAAACGGAAAGUGUACGAGAAAUUUGAGUCGGAGAGACAAGCCCUCCGUUACAUCAUCCGCAACACAACCCUACCCCAACGAGCGCGUGCAUGUAUAGACGCUGGGAAAGGUCGCGGUGUCCUAGUGUCUACAACCCUCGACCUCUCCAUCAUCAAAAUGUUCCGCCUCAAGAGCAGCAGUCUCCCUCCUGACCCUGAGUUCCCUGCCGACCUCGAAAAGCUUGGCUAUCAAAUCAACGAAAAAGACCAAAUCCGUUCCAUCAAGAAGCCGGAUCAAGAAUUCCACUACUUCAUCUCCAAAAAUGAACGCGUACUGGAGAAACAGCGUGAGGCCAUGGAUAUCUGUAUUCGCAACAACCUCCUCCCCCGCUUCCACGCCUCCGGCCUGCACACCACCCGCCUCCCCCUCACCACCGGCCCAUUAGACCCUCACAUCCCGAUCCUCACAACCCCCAACCUAUCAAACGCAAAACGCGUGAUCCUCUACAUCGGUGAGAACAACCAAGACCUCGGCAUCCUCGCCUACCGCAUCAUCGGGCGUGAAGGGCUCGCAAAGGGCUCAGUCUUGGAUUUCGCUGCGGCUGCUAAGGACACGGGCAAUCGGAUCGGUGGUCGUGGCGAUGGUGAUAUAUGGGAUAACAACGACACCGCCCUCGUGUUCGCCAAUCUAGGUCAACUGAUCUGGCAUCGUCGUGGACAGAAAGCGCUCAGUAUCCGCAGCUGGGAUGCUUUGCCCCGCAAAACAGGCGUCGGUGCACCGUUGAGGUUAGAUGCGAAAGAGAAUCGGGUCGUGGGGCAUGAGAAUCAGACAGCGCAUGUGGCGUCUGUCUUUGAGUUUCUGAAGGGUGCGAUGGCCGAGGGAGCGAAGGUGGAUGUGGUUGGGCUCGCGGAGGGGGCGGAGGAGGUAUUGAGGUAUCUAGAUAAGGCGUGGGAGGGAUGGAAGGGAAAGCUUGGGGCCAUGGUUACGGGAAUGGGGUAUAACUUUCCUCUGGAUUUGGAGGUCGGGGACCAGGGUUUCAAAGAGUGGAUCGGAAUGCGAGCGCGUACCUAUAUAAUCCAUCCAGACCCUGUUGGCAUCCCCCUCUCCGGCCGCUCACUUACAGGCUGUAACGUGUUCAGCUCUGGCGAAUCUCAAUAUACCGAGUGCAUCAUACCGAAAGCACAUGCCGCGAUGCUGGAUUUCUUGAAGAUGGCACAUGAAGUCCCUGGGUAUGAGGAGCCGAUGAUGAGGGUCAAUUCAGACGAGGAUGGUGGUGAUAGACCUCUCGUGAGUUGGGUUGGUGGAGGGCAAGAUGGGGGCCCAAACAUUACGCUCUCGGUGAGGCCGUUGGUGGAUACGCAACCAGUGAGCGGAGUAGUGGGAGAGAUUGAAGGGGAGACGGAGGGGGGUGUGGAGGGAAAUGGGGAUGAGAUAGUAGAGUGA